ACACGGUAGACCAACCGUAUCACAUCAGUGUUGACUUGAGAGUUAACUGCGCAAGGCUCUUUCAUUGUGGAAAUAACUAUCGGCUGAGGUGGAGAAUCUUCCAUAAGUUUUCACGUAGGGUUACAGACUCUACUAAGGAAAAAGAUCGUCAGAUUGGCUUUUACUCCUUGGAUAUCGUCAACGAAACAAGAGACAACCUGUAAGGACGGCCAUUCACAAUGCUUGGUUUACGACAGUUGAUCCCAGGUCACCAAAGAUUAGUCGGGAAAUGGGCCAAGCCCUAUGCCGGUGUCGACUUUCAAGUGAAACCCCUGUCUGCUUCAGUUCCCACUCUCAGUUAUAGUAUGGUGAGCGGCGGUUCGAAGAAGCGCUGGAGCAUUCCGAAGGUGAAUAUAGUUCGUGAUUCGGGCGGAGGAUGGGCAGUGGCCUCUGGGCGGACAAGUUCUUGGAGGACCUUGGCAACGAAACAGGAUGAACAGGUUUCUGUAUCUCGCAUCGGAACCAAUCAUGAGGAUAAAAUGCUUGAGGUAACCUGGGCGAACGGGAAGACUGAUAUCUAUCCCUACGUUUGGCUGCGAGACAAUUGCCGAUGUCCGACGUGCUUCCAUCCUUCGUCCAAGUCGAGGAUUCAUCUCAUUCAAGAUCUGGAUGUUAACAUCAGGCCCUUCUCUGCUAAGCUAGUUGGCGGUAGCGAGCAGAUAGACAUCACGUGGACAGAUGGCCACCAGAGUUCCUUUAAGUCAGAUUGGCUCCAUCCAAGGGCUUUCAACUCUGAGCAGUGGGACAUCCGCGCUCCGACUUACAAAAUGAAGCGGAGUUACUGGGGCACGGACAUCAUGAAGAAUUUGCCCAGGGCCUCUUUCCACGAGUUGCUGACAGAGGAUUCCGCCGUCCUGGCGUGGCUUCAUCAGCUGGAGGUCUACGGAUUUGCUCUAGUCAGCGGCGCCCCUGCCAAGACAGGUCAGGUCAAGGCUCUUGCCCAAAGGGUCGCCUUCAUCAAGAGGACACAUUACGGAGAGGAUUUCUCAGUGAUUGCUAAGAACGACCCCAGCAACGUAGCGUACCUGAACGGGCCUCUGCAGCUUCAUGCUGAUUUGCCUUAUUAUGAGUAUAAACCUGGGGUUCAGUUCAUCCACUGCAUUGUGCAGUACGCUGGUGACGGCGGGGACACCCGGGUGACUGAUGCAGUGCACGUUGCCAGGGAUCUCCAGCGACUUUUCCCAGAGCAGUACAAAAUUUUGACAAAUACUCUGGUGGACUGGUAUGACGAGGGUACCGACGAGAUGGGCGAAUUCAACAAGGUGCUUCAGUUGCCGAUGAUAUGCACUGACUCCAAAGGAGAGAUCUGGCGUAUUAAUUUUAGCCAGCCCCAGAGGGACUCCUUCUUCCCCAUUCCUCCAGAGAAGGUGGCAGCCUGGUAUGAGGCUAUGGCGAACUAUCACAACCUUCUACUGGAUCCCCAGUACUGCUUCCAGUUCAAGAUGGUCCCAGGAACCAUUCUGACCUUCGAUAACUUGAGGAUCGUCCACGGGCGAUCCGGUUACAAGACAGGAUUCAGCGAUCGCCACAUCGAGGGAUGCUACAUCGACUGGGACGAGGUCCGGUCUCGCAGACGGGUCUUGGAGAAGAAGUUAGGUGUGGCCCCUCGGCAGUGGGUGACUAAAACUGAAGAAGACAGGGGAAGAGACGAUAACUGAAUUUGAACUGAAGGAGGAUGAUAAUGCUCAAGACUGCAACAUUGUUAAUGCAAUUAACUUUACGGGAAUUGUCUGCCAUUAUGCAUAAAUAAGAUACCAAAUAGACGAAUAAUAGCGUUUAGUGAUUGGGUAGAUCAAUGUGACAGAUUCUGAAUAAACUUAAUUUUUGGCAGAAAAAA